CACAGGCUGGGUUUGCUUCAUACCUCAUACUAUUCCAGACAUGACGACCCGAUUUGUGACCUUUGGGAUGUUUAUUAUUGAUGAAUUUUCCUUUGCAGACGAACAAGGGAAACCUACCGGAGAGACGAUGGCGCCCCAGGGAAGCUAGUUACAGAUUCAUGCUGCUGUCAACGUCCUCACGUCAUAUGUCAUGAUAGAUCGGAGGUGGAGGAACGUAUGCUACUAUCGGUGCUCGCGUCUGGUUACCUCCUGAUACCCUUGGGAUGAUUAUCGAUCGAGGAAACGAUUUCCCUCAGGACAUCCAGAAUCGGUUACUGACAUACGGUUCUGACAUAUGGCACUUUCGUGACGACAUAAAUCGUGUUACUACUCGAUCAAGGAAUUCCUACAGAGGAGAAUAUCGAGGUUUUGAAUACAUUACUCCGCGGAUCAGACUGACGCCUCGCGACUUGGAAAGAACGCGGCUUACACGUCCUGCUUCGAUUCAUUUCAUUUGUUCACCCACGCGCGCGCUUCAAAUCAUAUCAGAAAUACAAGAGAUUGAAGGAUGGAACCCGACCACAAUAUUUGAACCCAUACCUGACAGAUGUAUUCCCGAGGAGUUACCUUCACUGAAAGCAGUCCUCCCUCAUAUCGCAAUCCUUAGUCCAAAUGCUGAAGAGGCCCUGAGCCUACUUUCUUUUCCAUUGGUUGUUACGAAAUCUGCUGUAGAAAAUGCUGCAUCGGAGUUCUUGAAGAUGGGUGUGGGUAAAGAAAAUAGUGGAAGCGUUAUAAUACGCAGUGGUGCCCUCGGUGCAUACGUCAUGACUUCUCACAGGAAAGGGCAAUGGAUUGACGCAUUCUGGAGUUCCACUGAGAAUAUCGACAAGGUGGUUGAUGUCACAGGUGCUGGGAACGCUUUUCUUGGCGGGCUCGCUGCAGGAUUGUCCAUCGCAAACGGAAAUGUCUAUGAAGCAUCACUGUAUGCUUCGGUGUCAGCCUCUUUCACUGUUCAACAAUUUGGUCUUCCACACCUUACAGUGGGUUCCAAUGGAGUGGAAGAAUGGAACCAAGACUCUCCACAUAGACGCCUUGAAGUUCUGCGGCAGCGACAAGACAGAGAAAUAGAAAAUAAAAAUCAUUAGAAGUACUGAUGUACGGGGUCCGAUACAACAAUAAUACGAAUCGCAGGUA